CGCCGCGCCUGCGCAGAGGCCUGUGGCCUUGGGUUUCCCUCCUUUAGCCCGCACUUCUAGGCCGCAGGGUCACGUGGCUGGAGGGGGGUGGCUGCGGGUCUCUCCCUUUCUCUGUCUCUCUCUCCCCUUUUGUGUCUCUUUUUGUCUCUUUCUUGUCUCCUUGCAGGGCGGAGAAGGAGCAGCUGCAGCCGAGGGAGCCAUGGCAGGGAAGGCGUUCAAGAAGUUUCUCCCCCUCUUUGACCGCAUCCUGGUGGAACGAAAUGCGGCCGAGACGGUCACCAAGGGGGGCAUUAUGCUCCCGGAAAAAUCCCAGGGCAAAGUCCUGCAGGCCACGGUAGUCGCCGUUGGAUCCGGCUCCAAAGGAAAGAGUGGAGAACUCCAGCCUGUUAGCGUGGACGUGGGAGAUAAAGUUCUCCUUCCGGAAUAUGGUGGCACCAAAGUCGUCUUGGAAGACAAGGAUUAUUUCUUAUUUAGAGACGGCGAUAUUCUGGGAAAAUAUUUGAACUGAAAUCAUCGCCAGCGGAAUUUGCCGAGGCGCCCAUUCCACUCUCGUUCUGAAACCUUGCUUUCAUCGUGUAAAUAAAUAAUCUCCCGGUUUUGUUUUAUAAUAAACUAAUGAUAUCUGGCAGGUCUACAAGGACGGAACGCUGUGAACAUUUCAAAAUAAAAUGUGUAUAGGUGAAAGGC